AUGAAGGUAGUAGGCCUGCUCAGCGGUGGAAAGGACUCAUGCUACAACCUCAUCCACUGUGUUCAGCAAGGACACGAGCUCGUAGCCCUAGCCACCUUGGCCCCACCCGGAUCCAAGGACGAGCUCGACUCGUACAUGUACCAGACCGUCGGGCACGAUGCCGUGCAUCUCGUGGCCAAAGCGAUGCAGCUCCCACUCUAUCGACGAGAGAUCAGUGGGACAGCCAUCAACCAGCGCUCCGAGUACGGCUCCCGCACAGCAGCAGCAGCAGCGGCAGCAUGCUCGAGCUCCUCCUCCUCUUCUUCCACCCCUGGCACUUCACAGAAAGACGAGACGGAAGACCUCUACCACCUGCUCAUGGACGUCAAGGUGGCCCAUCCGGACGUCGAGGCUGUGUCCGUCGGCGCGAUCCUGUCCAACUACCAGCGCGUGCGUGUCGAGCACGUCGCCCUGCGCCCCGACGUCAACCUCGUACCGCUCACUUUCCUUUGGCAGCGCUCGCAGUCCGAGCUGUACGCAGAGAUGCUCGAUGCCGGCCUCGUGUCGAUCCUCAUCAAGGUCGCAGGAAUUGGGCUGGACGAGCGCGAUCUGGGGAAGACUCUGGGCCAGAUGCAGGGAAAGCUCGAGAGGCUCUCGGCCAUGUACGGCGCGCAUGUGUGCGGCGAGGGUGGAGAGUACGAAACGCUGACGAUCGACUCGCCGUUGUUCAAGAAGCGGAUCGAGGUUGGGGAGACAGAGACGGUAGUGCAUUCCGAUAGUGGGUUUGGCAGUGUGAGCUAUUUGCGCUUGAGGAAUGCUAAGCUGGUGGACAAAGGUCGGGAGCAGGAGCGCGAGGGGUGCGCAAGGACGCCUCCGCUGCUGGAUGGUCUGGGGAGGAGGACGUUGAAAGCCGUGCAAAGCGGAGCGGGGACAGCGAAGGGAGAAGCAGACUUGUCAGAAGGUGUCAACAGCUUGCAAAUCGACUAUGCUAGCGUCGGAUUCCCGGUCCCAUCGAUACGCCGCAAAGGACGCUACCUCGUCCUCUCCAACAUCACGGGCCUCUCUCCCUCGUCCUCUGCAACAACACCCGAAGACCAAGUCCGAAACGCCUUCGACACAAUCCAGCACCUCCUCUCCACAACCAGCAACCUAGGCCUGGAACACAUCUUACACAUCAACCUCUUCCUGCGCACGCAAACGCUCUUCACGCGCAUCAACGCUGUUUACCGGACGCUCUUUGGCGUCUCGCCACCCACUCGCGCCUGCGUUGCCCUCGCCUCCCUCCCUCCGCACUGCGACCUCGUCCUCAAUGCGGUUGCCUUCGACGACACGUCCAGCACCCCGUGGUUUGACAGGCGCGCCCUCCACGUGCAGGGGCGCUCGUUCUGGGCGCCCGCCAACAUUGGGCCGUACUCGCAGAGCUUGGUGCAGGCGCAAAAGUGUUGGAUUGCCGGGCAGAUCGGGCUGAGUCCGCCGGAUCUGGUGUUACCGCAGGAGGAGGCGGUGCAGGCGGCGUUGAGUGUGCAGCAUGCGAGGAGGAUUUGGACCGCGACGAUGAACGACAUGGGCGGGAGGGCUGUGGAGAAGGGGUGGGUCGAGGGUGGGGUGUGUUGGGUAGACCGGGUGGAGUCGGUGGGGAUUGCGAGGCUGGCGUGGAUGUGUCAGAGUGGUGGACUGGAGGGGAACGACGAGGAGGAAGAGGGGGAGGGAGAGGAGGAGAAUUGGCUAGGCCAGACGAAUUCAGAUGGGACCACGCUGCCGCCGAUGCUGUUCGUCGUGCUCCCCAAUGGUCAUCUGCCGAGAAGCGCAGCUAUCGAGUGGCAGGUCACCGCACACACCGGUCGAGUCCCUCCACCCAUUACCGCCGAAACACAUGCCACUAGCCAAGCCGACGACGAUGGCGGCGACGACGCCAUCGAACCCGACAGCGACGCAUCCGACGUUCGCGUCCACCGCUUCUCUACCACCAUCACGCCGUUCGAACUCGUACACACCUUCACCACCUCGCCCUCCGCCUCGAGCGCAUUCGGCAUCCUCACGCUGCGUCGUCUCCCUUCGCCCACGGAAGCAGACGCCGAGUCCAAAGGCGCCUUCGCAGAGUCAAUCCGCACGUGCGUCGACACCUCGUACGCAACACAACUGUUUCAUCCUGCUACGACAAGGGACACGGAGGCACUCACGGUGCUCAAGCGGCUGUUCGCAACGGCGUCCGAAUCGCUGCUCGAUCAGUCGCAGGUGGUGACCUGUUCCAGCGUUCACACCCUCACAGAUGAUUCAACAACUGCACAGGUUGAGCUAGCUCUUGCUUGGCAUGGCAUCUAA